UUAAAAAUUUGGAAAUAAUACAUUUACAUUACCGUCAACAGAUAAAAAAGUUAACUUUUUUGACGGAACAUUAUAUCCUCUUAAUAUUUCGAAAAUAUCAAUAAAUACACUUACGAAAUUCGAUGGGAAACAUCGUUUUCCUUUAAUAAUAAAAUGUGAAAAAGUAGAUAAAUCUUUAGAAGAUAAAAUUUUAUAUACAUAUUGCAAUAUAAUAUAAAUGAAAUCAAAUAAAUUACAUAUAGAAGUUAUUAGAUAAAAAAUAGAAAUAAAUAAUAAAGCAUAUAUUAUGAAUGAAAUAUUUGGUAUAGGAGAUUAAGUAGAAAUCGAAAAAGAAUAAUGUUCCAUUUGUUUAUCUUCUAAUAUAAAUACAGUGAUUCUUCCAUGUAGACAUAUGUGUCUUUGCUACGAUUGUUGUAAAGAUCUUAAAGCAAAAACAAAUAAAUGCCCUAUUUGUAGAGGAACUUAAAUCCUAUAAAUACAAACAAAUAAACCAUAUAAAGGUUGA